GGGUAGGCGAGGGAGAGAGAGAGAGCGCGCGCGCGUAAGGCUUGUCAAAGCCGGGUGAAUCUGGAACCAAAUCAAUCAACUCCGGAUCCGGCUCUAGAAUUUGCCCACAGAUAAAUGCAAUGGCAGGAAGCUCUCCCAAAACGUUGCAUUCAUUGCUAUCUACAUAACACCGCAAGUUGGGGAGCCACAACCAAAUCCACUUUUUUUUCUUUCUCCGCCUCUAGCACAGCCGCCUCCAACAGCAAAAAGAAAACCCAUCAAUUGAUUUUUGGUCUUCGAUGGAGAACCUGUUGGGUCUACUGAGGAUUCACGUCUUCAGAGGCAUCAAUCUUGCCAAACGAGACGUCAGGAGCAGCGAUCCCUACGUGGUUGUCCGAAUGGGCAAACAGAAAUUGAGGACUCGUGUAGUGAAGAAGAAUACCAAUCCUGAGUGGGAUGAAGAUUUGACACUUUCUAUCUCAAGCACUGAUCCCCCUGUCAAAAUUUCGGUGUACGACAAGGAUACGUUCAGCUUUGAUGACAAGAUGGGAGAUGCAGAAUUCGACAUCAGACCCUUUGCCGAGGCCGUGAAGAUGAAGCAGGAAGGGAAGCUGGAAGGCUUUCCCAACGGAACCACAAUCUUCCAAGUAAAACCCACCAGAGAAAACUGCCUCUCGGAAGAGAGCAACAUUAUGUGGACAGACGGCAAGCUUGUCCAGCACAUGUUUCUGAGACUGCGAAAUGUGGAGUGUGGUGAGAUAGAAUUGCAAUUGGAGUGGAUUGACGUUCCUGGGUCCAAGGGCUUUUCCAAGUGAAGACAUGGUAGAUACUAGAUUGUGUCUGUUGUUUCUCUUUGUACAGGCCACGUAUGAAGCUGUACUGGCGCCUGAUAGAUUUCUGCUGACAGUUUCUAUAAAGCUAUGUUUUGUUGUAUUUUUAUGCGUUUUUUUGUCGAUUGUAGAUUGUGGAACAAUAAUAAAUUUGGCCCAAACCGGUUCUUUACAAGAAAGAAUUACUUACUACUAAAGAA